AUGUACAAACAUCAAUCCUUAAAAUUAAGUUUACGAGCAAGUGCUAGUAGUGUGAUCAGUGAUACGAAUGCUAUUUGGGCUAAUCUUUUGAUUCCAACUUCUCGACCUCAGCACAGUAUUAAAAAAUUGGAAAAAAUUCACAGUGACUACAUGAAACUGAAGAAUCAUCGAAGUCGUGCAAAGACAUCGAAAAGACAACGAACAAAUGUGGAACAGUUUAGCAAACGUCUUGAUAAAUUAUUUGACAUUGCUGCACUAAAAGAUUUACCGAAAAAUUUGCAGCAAUUUUUGACAGAUUGUCGUAAAGGAAAUAGAAAUAUCCAUCUACCAUCAAUUGACGUUAUACCAGAAGAAACUUCUGAAAAUCUGUCUGCGAUGGAAGUAGAAACUCCCAAUAAUGAGGAAAUUGGAAUGAAAUUAUCCCAACAGUCGUCCUUAAAUAGUUUCUGUAGUUCCAUAUCAAAUUCCAGUGAAUUGAAGCGAACUUGUUUAGACUUUGAAGAUACAAUGCCAGCGCCUAAGAAAAAUAAAAUUGAUAUUCUGACUUCGGAAUUAGUAUUAGCACUAGAUAGAACUAAAACUAGUAACAGAAAUGCGAUGUACAUCAUUUCUGCUGUUAUUCAAAGUUUAGGACUUGAGAUUGAUAAAUAUAAUUUAAGUUACUCCACUAUUCGUAAUGCGCGUAUUUCAAAAAGAGAAGAAAUUGUCGAUACGAUCGAAGAAGAAGAAAUUUUUGAUGACUCUCUCGUAGUGCACUGGGAUGGAAAGAUGCUUCCUGCGGGAAAUGGUCAACCAAAAGCAGAACGAUUAUCAAUACACGUCACCGGAAUAAAUACUGAUAAAAAUUUAAAAACUCCGAUUCUCUCUGAUGGCACAGGUGAAAGCCAAGCUUCAGCCAUUUUUGAAACGCUGAUAGAGUGGGAUCUUUGCGAUAAUGUUAAAGCAAUGUGCUUUGAUACAACUAGUUCAAAUACCGAAGUUGCUUGGCCAGUGACGAAUAGUCCAAAUGUACCAAUUUUCAAAAGACUUAGAGAUAAUUGGGAAAAAAUUGAUAAAUCUGCGUAUGAAAUCGGCACAGAGGAUAAAGAUAUUGCACUUGUUUUAAAUCAAAGAAAAGACGAUAUUCUUGACUUCAUAGAAAAUCAACUGAAGAAUCAUCAUCCGAGAAAUGAUUACAAGGAGUUUUUGGAGCUGAGCUGUAUCUUUUUGGGUGGUAUCAAAAGUCAUAGAGCCGAAUUUAAAGCACCUGGUGCUUUUCAUCACGCACGGUGGUUAUCGAAAGCUCUCUAUUGCUUGAAAAUAUAUAUGUUUAGAAACCAGUUUAAAAUGGAAGCAAACGAAAAAAAAAUUUUGCAGAAAAUAUGUGUUUUCAUCGUAAUAUUUUAUGUAAAAAUAUGGUUUACUGCUCCUAAUGCAAUAAAUGCUCCAAACUCGGAUUUGCAAUUAGUAAAAGAUCUUAUUGACUACAGAAAAAUACAUCCAGAAAUUGCAAAUGCAGCACUCGAUAAAUUGUCUCGGCAUUUGUGGUACUUACACGAAAAUCUUGCUUGUUUAGCUCUUUUUGAUGAAACUGUGUCAGUAGAAGAAAAAGUAAAGAUCGUACAAAAAUAAAUUCCCAGGUAGCGGUCAAAAAGCCUAAUAAACGUUUAUCAGUCGCUUAUGAAGAAAUAACGUCGUUAUCUGAGAAAAACAUAAGCGAUUUUGUUAAUCCAAACUCGUUGUUUAUUUUUGAGCAAUUUGAGCUCCCCUAUGAAUUUUUGCAUACAGAUCCAAGUUUGUGGGAAUCAAAUCUUGAGUAUAAACGAUGUUAUGAUACAUUCAAAAAGUUAAAAGUAGUAAACGAUACUGCGGAAAGAGGAGUAGCGCUAGCCGAAAGUUUUAAUGAAGUAUUGACUUAUAGCGAAGAUGAAAGACAAAGAAUUUUUCAAACUGUUCAGCACCAUCGAUCUCAAUACACAUCGUGUAAAAAAUCACAAUAUAUUGACAAUGAAUUAAUCUAACAAUUCAUUUUUCUACUUUCAAUAAU